UCUAAACCCCAUAGCCAAAAUGGAAGGACUCAUGAUAGCACUAUGUUUAAUCACUCUCUUCUUCACUAUCACCACCCUCUUUAAGCUCCUCCUUCAAUGGAAAAACCAACCUUGUUGCUACAUGCUAGCCUACCAAUGCUACAAACCCUCCGACCCGACCCGAACACUCGACACAAAUUCUUGCUUAAAACUCGUCCUCCGCAACAAAAACCUCGGCCUCGACGAAUACCGAUUCCUCCUCAAAACCAUUGUCAACUCCGGCAUCGGCGAACAUACUUAUGGCCCAAAAAACAUCCUCGAAGGACGCGAAGAAACCCCGACUCUAGACGAUGCGGUUGCCGAGAUGGAUGACAUCAUUUUCGACACGCUCGACAAACUCUUUGCGAAGACUCACAUUUCUCCAUCCGACAUCAAAAUCUUGGUCGUUACUGUGUCGUUAUGUUCGCCUUCUCCUUGCUUGACAUCUAGGAUUGUUAACCGUUACAAGAUGAGGGAAGAUAUUAAGGCCUUUAAUCUAUCCGGAAUGGGGUGCAGUGCAAGCAUUGUUGCCAUUGAUUUGGUUAAUAAUUUGUUUAAGUGUUACGAUAAUUCUUAUGCCAUUGUUGUUGCUACUGAAUCUAUUGGACCUAAUUGGUAUAUUGGGAAGGAAAAACAAAUUUUUUCCAAUUGUUUGUUUCGAUCGGGUGGUUGUUCGAUGUUUUUCACAAAUAAAAGAGAGUUGAAACAUCAAGCUAUGUUGAAGCUCAAGUGUUUGGUUCGAACCCAUCUCGGUGCGAACGACGAAGCCUAUCAAUGUUGUAUUCAGGUUGAAGACGAUGAUGGGUAUCGUGGAUUUAGGCUAACAAAGAACCUUCCAAAAGCAGCAGCAAAAAUAUUUGCAAUGAAUUUAAGGGUUUUAGUACCGAAGAUAUUGCCAUUAAGGGAGUUGCUUCGUUAUGUGAUAGCUAACUCUGUUAGCCAAAAGGGCAAACUAGCAAAAGAAGCAAUGGGAGGGGUUGCUGUAGGUCAAGGUCCAAUUAUAGGUUUGAAUCUUAAGACCGGUGUCGAUCACUUCUGCAUUCACCCCGGUGGGAGGGCCGUUAUCGACAGCGUCGGGAAGAGCUUGGGCCUCAACGUUUACGAUCUCGAGCCAGCUCGAAUGGCUCUGCAUCGAUUUGGAAACACUUCAUCUGCAGGAUUUUGGUACGUGUUCGGAUACAUGGAAGCGAAGAAGAGAUUGAAGAAAGGAGAGACAAUAUUAAUGAUAAGCUUUGGAGCUGGAUUCAAGUGUAACAAUUGUGCAUGGGAAGUGAUAAGAGAUUUGGAAGAUGAAAAUGUAUGGAAGGAUUGUAUUGAUUCUUACCCUCCUCAAUGCUUGAACAACCCUUUCAUGGAGAAGUAUAGUUGGAUUUAUGAUGAAUCUUUGAACUUCAUUAGGAAUAUAGAUUUAUUUAAGCAACAAUUAAUAUCUUCCACCUAAUUAAGUUUUAAUU